AUGGCUUUUCAAGGCCUAUACGAUAUGUGUGCGAUCGGGGUGAACUCAUUGCUGACCGGAUACUUCUGGAUGAUCGGCGCAAACUACUGUUUAAUGCCCCGCUUGAUGUAUGUCGCUGGAUCUGCCGGGCUGGGUUUAUGGUGCGGCGCAUGUAUGAUUUGCUUCGUUCUAGUCAUCAAUCGGCUGCUCGAUCUUUGGAAUAAGCAGGUGAUGCAAAUGCUGUUCAAGGACGCGCGCACCUACGUCGUUCUAUUAGUCCCGUUAUCCUACAGCCUCUAUUUCAUACUUUUCACUCAGCCUCUGUUGUUCAAUUCGGAUCACACAGCAUGGUUCUUCAGCACGUUUGCUGAUAAACAUGGCAUUGACGAGUUCUUCAAUUACCCGCACACCAUCAACAAUCUGCUUAUCGUUGUACUGACAUGUUUACUUUAUGUGCAAUACUCAAGAGUACUUUUACGUCACUCGAAAGGGGCUAGCGGGCUAUCAUGGGCGCAGAAAUCGUUCUUCAUACAAUCUUCCUCAAUAUGUAUGGCAAAUUUGAUUGCGGCACUCAUCUAUGUCUACAUGCAGUUCUUCCCCACGCCGUCAUAUUUCGUUUUGAUUGGUCACAUUUGCUGGCAGCUUGGACAUGGGUUUCCUGCAAUCGUUUACUUACUACUCAACCGCACAAUUCAACGAGAGGCACUUACAACACUGGGACUUCGCAAACGUCCUAACGCCGUGGUUCCCAGUAUUAGCACUGCUCGAAAGACAAUGACGAAUUCGUAUUCACAGCACUAG